AUGCGAUACCUGGGUCUCGACAUCGACAGACAGUGGACGUUCGAGCCGCACUUCGACUCCCUGAUCCCGAAGGCGACGGCGGCUGCCAACGCUUUGUGCGGCCUACUGCCGAACAUCGGCGGGUCGGACGAUCUGAUGGAGUCGCCGCAGCAACCUGCUACUCAGGAGGAUGCACAGGGUAACUGCCAUCAGAAUCGUCAGGGGAUACCAAACAGUGUCGCACGCGUCGACGACCGUUCUGGCCGCGUCUUCGCCGUGGGAGCUCCGGGCGUUGAGGUGCACAAGAAGAGGUACGAGCGAAGGGACCCGGGAGGGGACUCGGCCGAGCAGGCGGUCCCAGACGACUUAGGAACCGCCAAGAUGGACGCGUGGGACCAGUGGCGUUCCCAGCUGAUCAAUGAAACAGGCGAACACCGAGGCGCGGCGGCAGUUCUCCCAAAUUGGGAGACAUGGAGAAGCCGCCGCGGCCUCCCGUUCACCUUCAGAAUGAUCCAGGUACUCACGGGACACGGCAUAGCAUACGCUGGAGUCCUGUCCGGCGUGGGAGCUGCCCCGCUACCCUGCAGCACGUCAUAG